AUGAUGGACAUUACGUCAGAAGAACUAUCGUCUGACUAUUUUUAUAAUGAUGAUAUAAAGGAUAGGAUGGAUACAAAAUCAAUGAAAACAGAUCAUGAUAUAUUGGCUGGUAUGGAUCCUGCUACUUCGAUCGAUCUCUCCGAUAAUCCAAUGGUUAAUUAUGUUCGAAAAUUGAUUCGUUUACCGAAUAUUAGUAAUGAUAUGUGGACACGGGAGCAUUUUACUCUAAUCAAAGAUUUUUUAUCAAUAAGGCCUCAACGUUUAUUAUUUGCAUAUAUUGAUCGUCGUACAUCCAGUUUGAUUUUAACAAGUUCAAUUCCGACUACUUAUGUAAUACAAAUUCAACACGGCCUUAACUAUUUUAUUCGUAAGCAGCAAGAUGUUCAAGUUGAAAUGAACAUUCAAACAGUAACCGAUUUUCUAAAACAUAUACGAUUUGGUUAUAUUAAUUCGAAACCGAUCAAAUGUUGUGCGUCACUUGUUUCAUCAUUAUUUGGACCCUUAUUCAUCGACAAUCCAUAUGUUCAAGAUGUGAUUAAAAAUGAUUUUGCCACUGAACUAAAUUCAUUUUUGGCAACACUUUAUGAACAUCAGUAUAAAGAUUCAUCUUACAUAACAUAUCUGUUUAUUCCCAAAGAAGGCGUUGAUAAACCAUCGGACGAACUAAUUAAAGACAAGGCAUUGAUAACACGUUUUGAAGUUGUCAUGCUAAAAUGGCAUCACCAACUCAAAGAUGUAUUGUUAAUACAAGAUCGUUUGUCGAUGCAAGACACUUCUGUUGGCAUCACAGAAGAAAUUGAAUUUUGGACUGCACGUUUAACUGAUUUACAUCACAUUGGAAAACAACUGGAACGAUCAGAAUUGCAAAAUAUCAUAAAAGUAUUAAUUAUGGCAAAAUCAAUAUAUACCCAACAAUUUUUGACUACUGAACAAGAGAUUAAAAAAUGUACAGCUUAUGUUGAAGAUUGUUUAAAAUUUCUCAAAAUUUUAUGGGAACCAUCAUUAAAAUUAAAUGAUGUACCCCUAGAUGAAUUACGUCAAGUUGUCACAGAUAUUCUUUAUCGAAUUAUGGUUGCUUGGUAUAAUUCAAAAUUUUUUGCUACUCAAGAUAAAAUAGCAUUAAUCAUCAGUAAAAUAAACAAUCAAAUAAUUACAAGAUGUGUAAAAUAUAUAAAUAUAGAGAAAUUAUUUCAUGGUUAUGUUCAAUCAACACAAGAUACUUUACAAAAUUGUUGUCAGAUUAUUGAUACUUAUCUUGAUACUUGUCUGCAUAUAUUUGAAAUGCAUGAUAAAUAUGCAAAGAAAUUAUUUCAUUUCAAGAAGGAUGAUCUAUUUCAUUUUGUAUCAUUAUUUCGUCAACGGUUAACUGAAAUAUCAGAAAUUUGUGAUUGUAUGAAAUAUUUUGGUUGGUACCGUGAUGGUUUACAAAGAGAAAAAUUACCAUUAUUUGGUGGUAGACAAGGAGAUGAAUAUCAACGUACUCUCGAAGAAUCCCAGCAUGCACUUGAUCGAGCAUUAAUCCCUUUGAAACGACGUUCAAGAUAUAUGUUAGACAUGUCUAUUCAAACCUAUAGAAUAUGGCAAAAUGAAAUGCAAAGAUUUUCAGCCGCUAUCCGCGAGCUGGACGUAAUCAUUGUUAAAUUAAUUAAUGAAACAACAACCAAAACGGAGACGAUUGAACAGAUGAUCGAUAUUUUAGAUAUAUUUGUCAAUUUAAGACAAAGAACAGCAAUAAACAAUGUGCUCGUUGAUAAAAUCCGUGAUGUUUAUAAAAUGUUUUUUAAUGGACUCGACGAUGUCCAUACACAAAUUGCAUCACGUCAGAAUAUAACAGACAAUUUUGAAACAGCACUACCAAAAUAUGCAACAAGAGCAACAUGGAUUCGAAAUAUUGUUAUGCGUGUUGAAAAAGAUUAUAAUAUUUUAGUCAAUUCAUCAUCUCAUUUGUCUGAUGUGCAACAAAAAUUAGAAGCAAAAUUAAAUUAUGAAAAACUAAUUGCUUUAGCAGAAGAUUUUAAAAAGCGGGCGCACAGUGACUGGUGGCAGGCAACAUCUGAUCUAUUACCUAGAAAAUUAUUGCAAAUUCCAUUUUUACGUCGAAGUCAAAACCAUAACUCAAUGAUCGAAGUUUAUUUUGAUUCACAAAUAAUUGUUGCUAUUAAUGAAGUCGUACACUGGAAUCGUUUAGGUUAUGAAAUUCCCUAUUCAUUAAAUGAUGUGUAUAAUGCAAAAGAUUCAUAUAGACAAAUGAGAGAAGAAACAUACAAAUUUGUUCGAAAAUUUAAUCAAUCGAUUGCAUCACUAAGUCAAGAAGAAUCAUGUUUAUUUCAGGAACGUAUAAAAAUUAUGCUUAAGAAAUUACAACCGGCAUUUGUAGGAAAAGUGACGUAUAUGGAUGAAAAUCAAUUUAAUGAUUUUAUAUUUGAUGCUAAUCGAUUUAAUGAUCAGCUCACUAACUUAAUAAAAUCGUUUAAAGUGAAUCAUAUAAAAUGUUGUUUGAAAUGUACAGCGAUUAGUCAUCAAUUAUUUGUUAAAAUUGAAUCGGGAACAGUUUAUAUUUAUGAUUCAUUUGUUGAAACACUCAAAUCUGUUGAUCGUGUUAGUAAAUAUUUAAUUCAUGAAAUGUACGAAGAAAUUGUUAUGGGAAUAAGAAUGCAACAAACAAUUUUUAAAGAUGAUCCCGCUCAGGUAUUGACAUGUUGGGAUCAUUGGAUUAGUUUUAUUGAUUGUAUGCUAGAAGAAGCACUGUUAUUGAAUGUUACCACAUCGUUACAACAACUAUCAUUGUUAGUCAAUGGAGAUGUACACGGUGCUCCAACACCAUUUCUAAAUAUUGAUUUGUGUUUAAAGAAAAUUGAGACACCAAUAGAAAAAACAAAAUAUGUUCUUGGUUAUCAUCCAUCGUUAGAAGAAUUAACAGAGACAAUAAAUAAUAUUGGUGAAAAUCAAAUGAUUGAUUCAAUUAGUGGUUAUGUUCGAUUGUGUGACUUAUUUUCUUAUUCAUCAUUGAAUCGAGAGGCUUAUCAUGCUGUUAUUCGCAAUAAUCCAAUACAAUCCAAAUGGAAAGCGAAGAUAGCAGUUGGCACACAGAGUGCCAUGACUGAAAUUCACAAGUAUACCGAAAGAAAUUGGUAUCAAUUUAGACAAUUAUGGGAAGUUGAUAAAGAAAGUUUUAUUGCUACUUACAAAGGUGAAGAAGGUGGUUUACAAAUAUUGGAAGCUGAUAUUGCUAGAUAUACAGAAGUUGCUAAUAAUAUUAAUAAUCAAGAGACUAUUGCAAAUAUAUUGAUGUAUCAGAUUGACUGCACACCAUUAAAAGUAGCAUUAGUUAAAAUUUGUCAAGAAUGGCAGCAAAGUUUAAUCUACAUCGUAUUAGGACGUUUGGAAAAUGAUCUUAAUGAUAUUGUAUCAUUAAUUAAACAAAAUACAGAAAGAGCAGUGAUAUUACCAAAAACUUAUGAUGAUAUUCCUAUCUAUCAACAAUUUAUAGAUGAUUUAAAAGCAAAUAUUCCACGUAUCGAAGCAAAAAUACCUUUGAUCAGUGAAGAAGUGGCCUUAUUAUUACGUUAUGAAGUUGAGAUUGAACAAGGCGUAAGUAGUCCAUCAAUCCCUCGUUAUGUUGUUGUACCAACUUAG